AUUGAAGUUUGAUUUGUACUGUCUAUAGGUAUUGAUUUCCUCCCUUGUGAAUUCUCUAGCCUAAACUCAUUACGUACAAAGGCUUCCGCCGACUUUGAUAACUUAUAAGGAGAGGAAUUAAACAAAAGCCUCAUUGCGGAGAAUCGAGAGUUGUACUUAAAAAUGGCUUCCCUAACUUUAAUGGGUUCAACCAAGAACCCAUCAAAUUUCCCCAUUAAAACCCCAGCGAAAUCCUAUCAAUCCCCAUCUUUUGUUACCUUUAAAGAACAAAAACCCAAUUUUGUGAAACGGGUCAAUCACAAAAGAGCGAUUAGAGCAUCAGCUUCAAACGGGUAUGGAUCUCCAGGGAUGUAUUCUUCUAAACAAUUUGAGCUGACAGUCAAGAACGUUGACCUAGUUUUGGAAGAUGUUAGGCCUUAUCUCAUUGCUGAUGGUGGAAAUGUUGAUGUUAUUUCUGUUGAUGAUGGCGUUAUUACCCUCCAACUUCAAGGAGCAUGUGAGAGUUGCCCGAGCUCAACAACCACCAUGAAAAUGGGUAUUGAACGAGUCUUAAAGGAGAAAUUUGGCGAUUCAGUGAAGGAUAUUCGGCAAGUCAAUGAAGAGCAAGUAAACGAAACAACGGUGGAGGCAGUGAAUAGACACCUGGACAUACUGAGACCUGCUAUCAAGAACUACGGUGGAGAGGUGGAAGUAAUAGCCAUCAAGGGUGCGGAUUGCACCGUAAAAUAUAAGGGGCCAGAUACCAUUGGGUCGGGAAUAAAAGCAGCUAUCAAGGAGAAGUUUCCCGAUAUUUCAAAUGUGAUAUUUACUAGCUAAGGUCUAGGUGAUGCUCACCUUUCCAAGCUCAGUAUUACAAGUUUGUUUUUCAUAUUGCUGUUUGCAAUGUAUUAUUGCACACAACUUUCACGAUAUACAUUAAAUUCAAGGAAAUCAAAUUUUUAUACAUCUCGA